GUUAGCUGUCUCUCCUCUCUUAGUAUCUCCUCACCGCCGCCCGCCUGCCGGUCUCCGUUGCCCCUAGCCCGCGGCUCGCCGCCCCGCCCGCCGCCGCCACCAUGCCGGUGUUCCACACACGCACGAUCGAAAGCAUUCUGGAGCCGGUGGCGCAGCAGAUCUCGCACCUGGUGAUCAUGCACGAGGAGGGCGAGGUGGACGGCAAAGCCAUCCCGGACCUCACCGCUCCCGUGGCCGCCGUGCAGGCUGCAGUCAGCAACCUCGUCCGGGUUGGAAAGGAGACUGUUCAGACAACUGAGGAUCAGAUUUUGAAGAGAGACAUGCCGCCAGCAUUUAUUAAGGUUGAAAAUGCUUGUACUAAGCUUGUUCAGGCAGCCCAGAUGCUUCAGGCAGAUCCUUACUCCGUGCCAGCUCGUGAUUAUCUGAUUGAUGGCUCAAGGGGUAUACUUUCUGGAACCUCUGACUUGCUCCUCACCUUUGAUGAGGCUGAGGUCCGCAAAAUCAUCCGUGUGUGCAAAGGCAUUUUGGAAUAUCUAACAGUGGCAGAAGUGGUAGAGACAAUGGAGGAUUUGGUCACCUACACUAAGAAUUUGGGACCAGGAAUGACAAAAAUGGCCAAAAUGAUUGAUGAAAGACAACAGGAAUUGACCCACCAGGAGCAUAGAGUGAUGUUGGUGAAUUCAAUGAACACUGUGAAAGAGUUAUUGCCAGUCCUCAUUUCAGCUAUGAAGAUUUUUGUAACUACCAGAAAUGCAAACAACCAAGGUAUUGAAGAAGCUUUGAAAAACCGAAACUUUACAGUGGAAAAGAUGAGCACAGAAAUUAAUGAGAUCAUCCGAGUGUUACAGCUUACUUCCUGGGAUGAAGAUGCGUGGGCCAGCAAGGACACUGAAGCCAUGAAGAGAGCUUUGGCCUCCAUUGAUUCUAAAUUGAACCAGGCCAAAGGUUGGCUCCGCGAUCCCACUGCCGCGCCAGGAGAUGCUGGGGAGCAAGCAAUCAGGCAGAUCUUGGAUGAAGCUGGAAAAGUUGGUGAACUCUGUGCAGGGAAAGAACGCAGAGAGAUCCUGGGAACCUGCAAAAUGUUAGGGCAGAUGACCGACCAAGUGGCUGAACAUCGAGCCAGAGGACAAGGAGCCACUCCCAUGGCCAUGCAGAAAGCCCAGCAGGUGUCCCAGGGUCUAGAUAUGCUCACGGCAAAGGUGGAAAACGCAGCACGAAAACUGGAGGCCAUGACAAAUUCAAAACAAAGCAUCGCAAAGAAGAUUGAUGCUGCUCAGAAUUGGCUUGCAGAUCCAAAUGGGGGCCCUGAAGGAGAAGAACAGAUUCGAGGUGCUUUAGCCGAAGCUCGGAAAAUUGCAGAAUUGUGUGAUGAUCCUAAGGAAAGAGAAGACAUUUUGCGUUCCCUUGGAGAAAUCUCUGCUCUGACUUCUAAAUUGUCAGAUCUUCGGAGACAGGGGAAAGGAGACUCUCCAGAGGCCCGGGCUUUGGCUAAACAAAUCGCCACAGCCCUGCAGAACCUGCAGACGAAAACCAACAGGGCUGUGGCCAAUAGCAGACCUGCCAAAGCAGCUGUGCAUCUGGAGGGCAAGAUUGAGCAAGCUCAGAGGUGGAUUGACAAUCCCACAGUAGAUGAUCGGGGUGUAGGUCAGGCUGCAAUCCGGGGCCUUGUGGCAGAAGGGCAUCGUCUUGCCAAUGUUAUGAUGGGGCCUUAUCGCCAAGAUCUUCUUGCAAAAUGUGACCGAGUGGACCAGCUAACAGCCCAGCUCGCAGACCUGGCAGCUAGAGGGGAAGGAGAAAGUCCACAAGCAAGGGCUCUUGCUUCCCAGCUACAGGAUUCCUUAAAGGAUCUGAAAACAAAGAUGCAAGAGGCCAUGACUCAGGAAGUGUCUGAUGUAUUCAGUGAUACCACCACACCUAUCAAGCUACUGGCAGUGGCUGCUACCGCACCUCCUGAUGCACCCAACAGGAAUGAGAUGUUUGAUGAGAGGGCAGCUAACUUUGAAAACCACUCUGGACGGCUUGGUGCUACUGCAGAGAAGGCAGCUGCUGUUGGAACUGCUAAUAAGUCAACUGUGGAAGGUAUUCAGGCUUCAGUGAAGACAGCAAGAGAACUCACGCCCCAGGUUGUCUCAGCUGCUCGCAUCUUACUAAGAAAUCCUGGAAAUCAAGCUGCUUAUGAACAUUUUGAAACUAUGAAGAACCAAUGGAUUGAUAACGUUGAGAAAAUGACAGGGCUGGUGGAUGAAGCCAUAGACACCAAAUCUCUGCUGGAUGCUUCUGAGGAAGCGAUUAAGAAAGACCUUGACAAAUGUAAAGUAGCUAUGGCUAACAUCCAACCACAGAUGCUUGUUGCUGGGGCAACCAGCAUUGCUCGGCGAGCCAAUCGGAUCCUAUUAGUAGCCAAACGGGAGGUGGAAAACUCUGAGGAUCCCAAAUUCCGGGAAGCUGUGAAGGCUGCUUCUGAUGAACUGAGCAAAACCAUCUCCCCAAUGGUGAUGGAUGCAAAAGCUGUAGCUGGAAACAUUUCUGAUCCUGGCCUGCAGAAAAGCUUCCUGGAUUCAGGAUAUCGGAUUCUGGGUGCCGUGGCCAAGGUCAGAGAAGCCUUCCAACCUCAGGAGCCUGACUUCCCUCCUCCUCCCCCAGACCUUGAACAACUUCGGCUGACAGAUGAGCUUGCUCCUCCCAAACCUCCUCUGCCUGAGGGUGAGGUUCCACCACCCAGGCCCCCUCCACCGGAGGAGAAGGAUGAAGAGUUCCCUGAGCAGAAGGCCGGGGAGGUGAUUAACCAGCCAAUGAUGAUGGCUGCCAGGCAACUCCAUGAUGAAGCUCGAAAAUGGUCCAGCAAGCCGGGGAAAGAAGCCUCGGAGACAGGUGUAGGUGUAGCUGAGGCGGUCGUUGCCGAUGAGGUGGGGUUUCCUCUCCCCUCUGACAAUGAAGAUGAUUAUGAGCCUGAGCUGCUGUUAAUGCCGACCAAUCAGCCGGUUAACCAGCCCAUUCUGGCCGCUGCUCAGUCUUUACAUCGAGAAGCAACCAAGUGGUCUAGUAAGGGUAAUGACAUCAUUGCAGCAGCCAAACGAAUGGCCCUGCUGAUGGCUGAGAUGUCGCGGCUGGUGAGAGGGGGCAGUGGCACCAAACGGGCGCUGAUUCAGUGUGCUAAGGACAUCGCCAAAGCCUCUGAUGAGGUGACAAGGUUGGCCAAGGAGGUGGCGAAGCAGUGCACCGACAAGCGUAUCCGAACCAAUCUCUUACAGGUGUGUGAGCGAAUUCCAACCAUUAGCACCCAGCUCAAAAUCCUGUCCACGGUCAAAGCCACCAUGCUGGGUCGAACCAAUAUCAGUGAUGAGGAAUCGGAGCAGGCCACAGAAAUGCUGGUUCACAAUGCCCAGAACCUCAUGCAGUCUGUGAAGGAGACCGUUAGAGAAGCAGAAGCAGCAUCAAUUAAGAUUCGAACAGAUGCUGGUUUCACUUUGCGCUGGGUUCGAAAAACUCCCUGGUACCAGUAGCUCCAAAACAUUCAUCACCCUGCUUGCCUCUCCUCCCAUCCUCUUCCCUAGUCCUUCCCCCAUGCUUGGCUCCUUUCUAAGCAGGAAUGAAUGUAGUCCAAAGCCCUGGUUGCUUCCAGGGGGUGAUGGCCAUACUCAAGCCUGUUUCCCCCAAAAAGGCUUAGCCUAAGACCCCCACAUUUGUGUUUAUAUUCUCCUUUGCUUUGGGGGCUGUAUGUAAUGUCUCUCCCUAGAAAAACUAUUCUUAAGCAUUCUUGUGUACUCUUAUCCCCAUAACCAGUCUAGGACUCCAGCUCACGGACUUUAUUUACAUAAGCUCAGAAUUCAAGUAUGGAACACUACCCUCUUAUCCUGUCCAGACUCCAUCCUUUGGGGGGGAUUGUCUUUGGAGAGGAACCAUCUUUAAUUGCCCUCCACCCUGCUGCCUGCCCCUGUACCUCACUCACUUGCUCUCCCCUCUGAAGCUGGGGGGUGAGCAGGCUGCCCACAAGAAGUCAUUCUGUCUCCAAUAAUGUGUUUUGCUGCUCUGUAGAUUGCUGGUGAUCAUGUUCAACCUAAAGCUGGAGCUCUGGUUCUGGCCUCUGUGGGGUUGUGCUGUAGGAGUGACUUUCCUUUCCUAGUUUCCAAAAGCACAAACCUGAAGAUUUCUUGCUCUUCUAAGUAAAUCAUGAAAUCACAUGUGAUGUUAUGAAUCAUACUGUAAAGUAACACAUCUAUGCCAGGGAAGCUCUUGGAGCCAUUCAAAGGGGGGAAGGGGAGCCCUGCCUGCCCACUUGCUUGGGUAGGGUUUCCCUUACCAAACACUGUGUCUUGGUGCUCUUGUCUGCUGUUUUCAGGGCAGAGCAGCCAGGGUGUUCUCCAGUGGGGCUGUACCCAGGCAAUGCAUGCUUUGUCACUGCCCUCCAGAGGACUUUGCUGAGGCCUUAAUGAAAUGCUGCUUUGGAGUGCUUGGCCUAAUUGUGUUGUGUUCCCUCCACUAAUUUUUCUCCCUCCUUUAUGGAUCUGGAGGAUAUUUAGGUGCUUUUUUGUUUCUGGAACUUUGAAACAUACUUCUUUUCUAACUCAGCCCUAGUCUGACAUGUUGACUAGUGCAAGAAAAGGGCCAUCCAUGGGUAGGGGCCUCUCUGGAGAGCUGAACUCGCCUGAACUCACAAUCUCAAAGGUUUUUCUGGUCUGGCAGUACAGGAGGCUGACAGUGAAUUAUUGAGGGAAGUCUCCCACACCUGUCUUCAAGAGGUGCCUUCAGUGCAGGUCAGGGGGCAUAGCCAGUGUGUGGACAAAGAGUCAGCUCUUUCUCCCUCCCCACCUUGCAUUGCAGUCCGAAGAAAGGAGCUAAGUGGGUAACAUUUCAUUCAUUACCCUUGUAACCGAUUUCCUGGGACCCCUGCUAAGGAGCUGAAACACCUGAUAGGAGAAAAUCCGAUGGUGAAAAGGAUCGAAUGAGAGCUUUACUUGAAUGUCCUUGGUUUUCUUCACUUGUAUUGGAUCCCAACCCUGAAUGUGUAAAGUCUGUCUUAAGUUAGUCUUGUACAUUCAGGCUUCCUCUUCUUUAUUUUUAAUUAAUGGUAAGUGUUCUUGAGGUCCUAAGAAUACUUAGUACUCUUAGCACAGUGCCUGGCACAUAGUAGGCGCUUAAUAAAUGUUGAUCGAUCGACUGAUAAUAGAAUCAUAAGAGUUGGGACCUCAAGACAUUUAUCUAGUCCAGCUCCAUUACUUCUUUAGUUGCUUAUGUGAUAAAAAUGCAAUAUUAAUGCCUUUAAAAACUUUAAAAUCUAUGCCAAAGAUCACCUUUUGUUUUAUUAAAAGAUUGCUUAAAUAGGAGAAAUCAUGUUUGCCAUUUCAGUUCCAGGGUUCUAGCCACGCUGCAGUAUAUUUUAUGCUGGUUGUGGUUCUCUCACCACCAGUGUUCCAGAUUUGGUGAAGCAGAUUCAAAAAUAUCCCCUGAACGUUGGUUAGAAAUAUUACUACUAAAAUAACUGUUUAUAAACUAGGAUUUGUUAUAUGCAAAUAUUUUCUGUCACUCUUUGUUCUCUUAAAAAUAAAUAAAAUGCAUUUGUAUAAAUGAA